GCCGCUAUGUGGACCUACAUGAUGGCAGCGGCCCGAGGUGACCGGGCAAUGUCAUCGAUAUCGUCACGUCAUCAGAGCAAUCGGAAUGAGUUUGACUCACCAAGCAUUUACCACUUCAAUCGAGUGCAACGACCACUGUACAACACGACGCACCGGGCACCACAGCUCUCCAAUGGACCCGUCAGCAUUAGUACGACUCCGUUCGGGAGCAACACGAUCUAUCAGAGUUACAUGCCGCAAACCGCCUCACUCGACAGCUUCAACAGUGUGGCCACGAAUCCCAGCUUCUCGACCACGGGUGGCACACCGCCGAUCGGUGGUUCUGGUCGAGUUGCGCCGGCCACCGGAAGCGGAGCCACACCGACGACCGGAAGGCAAACGGCAGCAUUACCCUUCACGACGCGCAACCGCCCUGAGGUAGCUACGGAUCUUCCGGUCACACCGAAGAACAACCAUCUAAGCCAAGCUGUGAUAGAAAGCGAGAGGGGUGAUGUUCAGGAACCAUCCACUGGCCGGCGGGGUAAACUUUCCUCCUUACGCCGUUCGCUGAACGCGCUCCGCUGUAGGAUAUCGAAACGAGGCCGCUCGAAGCCACCCGACCAAUUUCUGGACAAAUUUUCCGCCGCUUCCGCCACCUCCGAUACCCGGUUGCACCAGGCGGGCUGCGUUGCGCCACAGGCAGUCCCUUCCGAUGGGGUGUGCAGUCGCCUGUCGGUCGAUCCGUCCCUUCCAUCGCACUAUCGGUGGCUGUCCGUCGUUUCGCUGGCUGUACUAUACAAUAUCAUAUUUGUGAUAGGACGAGCGGUCUUCUGGGAGCUGAACAAACAAGCCUCCGUGCUUUGGUGGAUCCUAGACUAUCUGUGUGAUUUCAUCUACUUGACCGACACGCUGGUUCACUGUCAUGAGGGGUACCUGGAACAGGGCUUGCUGGUGCGAGACGCGCCCAAACUACGGAAGCACUACUUUUCCAAACAGCGCUGGUGGCUCGACAUCGUCUCGAUGCUACCGACCGAUCUGGCCUACAUCUGGUGGGCGCCGAGUUCCUGUGCCGCCACACGGCUGCCGUGUCCAAUUAUAGUUAGAAUUAAUAGGUUACUGCGUCUUCCAAGAAUGUGGGAAUGGUUCGAUCGUACGGAAACGGCCACCGGCUAUCCGAACGCCUUUAGGAUAUGUAAAGUUGUUUUAGCUAUUUUAGUACUCAUCCACUGGAACGCGUGUCUGUACUUCGCCAUCAGCUACGCGCUCGGAUUCAGCACCGACAACUGGGUGUACAACAUCAAUGGGCCUAAAAAUCUGACCCUGUCGCGGCAGUACAUUUACAGCUUCUACUGGUCCACGCUCACGCUGACCACGAUCGGUGAGACGCCAACGCCGGAGAACGAUGCCGAGUAUCUGUUUGUCGUGGCGGACUUUCUAGCCGGAGUUCUUAUCUUUGCCACCAUCGUCGGAAACAUCGGUUCGAUGAUAUCCAACAUGAACGUAACACGGGUCGAGUUCCAAAAUCGGAUGGACGGUGUGAAGCAAUACAUGGCCUUUCGGAAGGUUGGCGGUGAGCUGGAAGCACGGGUCAUUCGUUGGUUUGCCUACACUUGGGCGCAAAGUGGUGCACUGGACGAAGAACGUGUGUUGGCCGCGUUACCUGACAAGCUGAAGGCCGAGAUUGCGAUACGGGUACACAUGGAUACGUUGCGGCAGGUCCGCAUCUUUCAGGACUGUGAACCGGGUCUACUAGAGGCACUUGUGCUGAAACUCAAACUACAGGUGUUUAGUCCUGGUGACUACAUCUGCCGGAAGGGUGACGUCGGCAAGGAGAUGUACAUCGUGAAGCGUGGUAGCCUUUCGGUGGUCGCGGAUGAUGGCAUUACAGUGUUGGCUACGCUAGGCGCUGGUUCCGUUUUUGGAGAGGUGUCGGUGCUAGAAAUUGCGGGCAAUCGCACCGGAAACCGUCGGACAGCUAACGUACGCUCCAUCGGCUACUCCGAUCUGUUCUGUUUGGCGAAGCGUGACCUCUGGGAAACGUUAGCGGACUAUCCGGAAGCCCGAGCAUCGCUGACCGAGCGUGGGUGUCAAUUAUUGCGAAAAGAUGGCCUGCUGGAUGAAGCAGUCUUUGCCAAUGCCCAACAAACGCAAGAUUCACUGGAAAGCGGCGUAGCCCGGUUGGAGCAGACGGUGGAAAACUUGAACCUCCGGUUAGCCCGCCUGCUAGCCGAAUAUUCCGCCAGCCAGGCGAAACUGAAGCAACGCAUCUCCAAGCUCGAGGACAAAGUGCAAAAGUCGCCAUCCAGCAAAGGCGAAGGCAAAACACAUCUCCAACAACAGCUACAACAUCCCGGUUCCUCGGUAUCCAAUGCAGCGCGCCUCCGAACGCAACGACGCAAAUCGCACUCGUCAACGACGACCACAACGGCCGCGGACGAAUCCUUGACGACGGUGACGGCAUCCGGGACGACACCGACGGUGACCGGUGCGGGGGGUGGUAGUACCGGCAGCAGCGGGAACAGUGGGCCAGGCCGACAGAAUACGUUAUGA